AUGGCUGAUCCUGCCCAGAAUUCAACCAAUUCCAUCGGAAAUCUUCCAAAUGCACCACCAGUAACACCUGAAUUUGCACAAGCCAAGUCAAUUCUCCCUUCUUUGAGCAUAGAGGAAUUGCAGCAGUUAAGAGAACAUGCACAGUCUGAAAUUGAUCAUCGGAUUCAAGAGAAAACUCGUCAGAGAGAGGCAGAAGAGGCUGAUGAGGGAAAGGCUGAAAAGCAGGCCAAGACCCCAAAGUUUGGCAGUUCAACAGAAAGUGAUUCCGAGGCCUCAGAAGGGUAUGAGUAUGAAGUGGAGGAAGUGGAUACCAGUGACCUAGAUUCGGAUUCCGCGGAGGACAAGCAAAUGAUGAAUUCUUAUCAUGAUGAAAAGGCAAGAAGGCGAUUUGAAUAUGAACUUACCAAUCCCAAGAUUUUUGCUCGCACCAUGAGUGAGGGUGAACCUGUUGCAGUGAAGGUGAGCCGUCGAAUCGCUGAUCUCGAUGAUGAGUCAAGUGAGGAAGAAAGAGAAGAAGGGUAUGAGGAUAGUGAUGAUGAAUCAUCAUCCAGUGGGACUUCUCCUGCACCAUAUGGUAGCAAGGACUAUGGUGAAGAGGGUCUGGAUACUGAUGAGGAUGAACGAUGUGCAAGGAAGAAGAGAGAAAGGCUAGAGAGAUAUGAACGUCGUUGGAUUAAGACAAGAUGUGCAAGGAAGAAGAGAAAAAGGCUAGAGAGAUAUGAACGUCGUUGGAUUAAGACAAGAAGUGCCACAGAAAGUGAAAGUGAUGAGGAAGGUGGAGAAGCAGUAAAACUUGAUGAGGAUGAUAGCAGCAGUGAGGGAUCUAAUGAUCCAGAAAAAGAGGCUAGAGAGAGACAAAGGCAGGAGAGAGAUGAUGCAGAAAUGCAUCUACUCUAUUUGGCAGAGAAAUCUCAACCCAGGAUAUUUUCUCGUACCAUGUCUGAACCCCUGAAUGUGGAUUCAGACGAUGAGGACAUACCAGGGAUGGAUGUAGAUGGAAAUCUUAUUGAAGCAGAGGUUCAGCAAGAAGAAAAUGAAGGAUCAUAA